CCAAAAGAAAAUACUAAAUCAGCUCUCAAUUUCUCUCUUUCUCUUUUCCCCCUUUCUUUUUUUCUGUGUAAUUUUGGUCAAGAAGACAAAUAAAUAAAGAGAGAAGAUCCAAAAGUAUCUGGGUAACAUCACAAAAAAUGGAGGGUCACAUUCAUCCCUAUUUUCCGAAAGAUCUUUAUUUACCAGAUUUUACCCCUAAUUUUCUCUCUCCACAAACCAUCUUCACUUAUAUUGCUGCUGCUUCAAUCAUUGUUUUCACUCUCACAUGGAUUCUCACUGGGCUAUAUUCAAAGGCAAGUAAAGCGGAGAAGUUGGUCAUAUGUUGGUUAACAUUCAAUGGUCUUGUGCAUUUGACCCUUGUGUUAUACUUGUUCUUUAGACCUCAUUUCUACAAGGACAAGACUGGAAACAUCUUUGCUGAAAUUUGGAAAGAAUUCAGUAAAGGUGAUUCUAGAUAUCUCUCUUAUGAUUCCACAACAAUAGCUCUUGAAGGACUUUCAAUCUUUAUAUUAGGUCCGGCGAACCUGUUAGCAGCGUAUGCUGUAGCAACUGACAAGUGCUAUAAAAAUGUUCUCCAAUUGGUCACAAGUCUAGGGGAGUUGUAUGGUGUUGUUAUAUUUCACACGACUCCAUUCAUAGAAGGCAAACAAUAUUCCGCAAGUCCACUUUACUUCGUUGGAGCUAAUUUACCUUGGGCUUUAAUACCAUUGUUCAUAAUUAUAAGAUCUUGGAAAAAUAUUUGUGAAAUUGAGCGUACAAACAAGAGAAAAGUCCAGUGAAGUCUGUUGUUAUUUUUAUUGUUAUGUCGUAACUCGUACGUGUUUUGUUGAAAGUGAUCUUUUCUUGUAUUGUAUCAUGCAGUUGGACCCUUAAGUUAUUGUUAAUUAGGGAUCUGAAUGUUUAUUGGUACAUGAUCGGAUCGAAAAUCGAAAUAUGGAUUUGAAUGUUCAUUGAUA